AUGGUACCAUUGUGCUUAAAACAGCUACGACAAAUACUGGACAGAACGUUUCCAAGGAGAAAGAUAGAAAUCUUCAAAACAGGAGGGGCUGAAAGCGCCGAUUUCUCAGAUUACAAUUCAGAAUUUACUGCUGACUAUGAUGAAGGCACUAUCUGUUGCGAAAGAAACGGAGACAAUACCAUUUCUGGCACUGUUGUAGAUGAAGGCAGACCUGCUGAACACAGCUUGGAAGUGACUACUGUCAAAGUGGCAGAAAACGUAGAUAAUGACGAGACACUGUUAAAUUUUGUUCCUGCCGAUAUGGCUUUGAAUACAAAAGAGGGUUGUGGCGAAGGAGACGGUCAGAACUUCGAUCUAGAACAUCGUAAUACCCCAGCAAAUGAAGCUUCAGAUGAGGAAGACACCGUUGAGAAAAUUCGUUUUGAUCCAGUCACGGGGACAAUGACUCUAACUUCUACGGCCUUCGCCGGAGAUGAUUCUCAUUGGGUCGGCCGGACCGAAAAGGAAGUCGCUGCAGAGGAUGGUGGAGUCUUUACGAAUGAGAAAAAGAAGUUACCUGUAGCGAAAAAACGACGCAAAAAGGGUCAGAAGCAAUUAGAAGACGAUUUGUUUGCAUUUGACGAUAAUGAUGAAUCGUUUUUGGAUGUUUGCAAAAGAAAACUGAAAGGCGCACAACAUAUUCGUUUGAAGAACGAGGCAGUAUUAUGCGCUAAAAUUGAGAGGCCAAUAAAAGCUGUUUUUACGCCUGAAAUGUUCAAACAGCUCAUGUUUUUACGUGAUGGCAGUGCGUUUCCAACUGAGGAUUCAAUUUACGAUCAGUUUUUUCUGGAUGAAUGGUGCACUAGAGAAGAACUCAUUUAUACGGAUAAAGAAAACGAAAGUUCGUAUCUGGACAGGUCGCCUUGCUUCUUAUCGCUUUUCAAUGGCUGUUUUGAAGAGGAAGCUGAAUCUCUUACUGGUGAGGAAAUAAAUGCGCGAGAUGGAAACAGUUCUUCAGUGUCUGGAGACGAUGCAGACUUGUUUGCUGCUUCCACUGAUGAGGUUUCUGAAGGGCAGCAGAUUGACCACUUUUCUAGAUUGUUUCCAGACCAUACAAGACAGGAGGAAGCCCAGAUGGAUUCUAUUGCUUUGAGGGCAGAAUUGGGACUGCUUCAAUCCGAUGGCAAUCCGUGUUGCUCCGCAGACAAAAUGGAUACCACUUUACCAAAAAGCUCAAAUUCUUCGUGUGCUUUGUUCGAAGAAAGUAGCUUUUUGAGUUUGAGUGCAAGCGAAGCUCAGCUGCAGUUGCAAGAAGAAGAGGCUAUUGCUGAAGACCCGACACGCGAAGUGCACAAUAUCAACGUACCAGUUGAUAAAAUCAAAAUUCAGGGCUCUCAUACUUUUUCAUCAUUGCUAGCACAUGUUCCAGAUUUUUUAGUUGGACGAACGGCGGAGGAUAUCAAUCCAAUAGACAUUUUUUGCAUAUUACUGCACCUGUGUAAUGAGAAUAAUCUUGAAGUGGUCCAGCGUCAUGAUGGAAAUGGUAUGACUCUCUCCUCAGAACUUGACGAUUUUAGAAUUGUUAGCUCUUUCGGAGACAGAGACAAUCGAAAACAACAGUGA